AUGGAGAAGAAGAACCGGAAGCAGUUUGUCCUUGUCCAUGCGGGAUGCCACGGUGCAUGGUGUUGGUACAAGGUGAAAACACAUCUAGAGGCUUCAGGGCACUGUGUCACCGCAGUGGAUCUGGCUGCAUCAGGUAUCAACACGACCAGAGUGGAAGAGAUUCGUACGUUGAAGGACUAUGCCAAACCAUUGCUAGAGAUCAUGAGCUCGCUUGGCUCAGACGAGAAGGUGGUUCUUGUCGCUCAUAGCAUGGGAGCAGUACCCGCUGCUCUCGCUGCCGACAUCUACCCAAGUAACAUCGCUGCUAUUGUGUUCUUAACGUCUUCAAUGCCGGACACCAAAAACCCGCCUGCUUACGCUUUCCAAAAGAUGUUUGAAAGCAUUCCACAAGAAGAGUUCUUAGACACUGUCAUUGGAAGCUAUGGGACACCUGAUUGUCCUCUACAGAGUAUUCUCUUUGGACCAAAGUUCUUGGCCGAAAAGUUUUAUCAACUCUCUCCUGUCGAAGAUCUUGUAUUGGCAAAAAUGUUGGUGAGAGUAAACCCUAUAGUUACAAACAAUCUGGCAGGGACAAGAAGCUUUAGCGAGGAAGGAUACGGAUCGGUCACACGUAUUUAUAUCAUAUGCGGAGAGGAUAAUAUAAUACCUAAGGAAUACCAGAGUUGGAUAAUCAGAAACUUUCCACCAAAAGAAGUAAUAGAGAUCAAAGAUGCAGAUCAUAUGCCAAUGUGCUCUAAGCCUCAAGAACUCUGUGCACAUCUCUUGGAAAUUGCAAAGAAGUAUGCAUAG